AUGAGAGGUAAACAGAUAACACUGAGCUAUCUGAUUUUUCUAAUCUCAUCCGUGAGUUCGUUUCAAGUGAAUCUCGCUUUCACUGAUCUUCGAACGAAUGGAAAUAGUGAUCUUACCACUUAUCAUCAUUGUCUGUAUUUUCACAAUCAUACUAUCAAUCAAACCAUUCCCUUUUGUAUCACUGAAAAACCAACGAUGAUCGAGCUGCCUACGAAUGAUGAUCAUGAUCAUCAGAGGCUAAAGUUUAAAGAUUUGCAAAGACAGAACAUCACAAGUGAACAGUUGUAUCUGUGGUCUGCACCAACCGAUGUCGCUGAAGAUUAUCAAUUUUACCUCGAUCAGUACUCCACUUCGGCUGCACGAGUGAUGGAUUCAAACUAUUUCUACAACUGUACAUGGCCGAAGUUUGGUUCAGAAUGUGAAUAUUCGAUCGAUGGAUCUGAAUUUGGCUACUCCUCAUUGCAUCAACUGAUCAGGGAUUUCUAUGCUGUUCCAUAUCUUCCUUCCACAUUCACCUGCUAUGAACACUUGCCUUGCAAUCGUGGAACACCUCCAGUAUGUCUCGAUUGGACUGAAAUCUGCGAUGGAAGAGUGAAUUGCAUUGAUGGUGAAGAAGAUGAAGAACAUUGUUGGCAACUGGAGAUCAACGAAUGUGAAGAGAAGGAAUACCGAUGUGCCAAUGGACAAUGUAUUGAUCGGGAAUUUUUUCGAGAUGGUCGAAUUUGGUAUUGUUUGGAUGGUUCAGAUAAAGAUCUGCGCACUAAAGAUAUUGAGAAGGUAAAAGAAGGAGAGACUCCAUUUCACUUUCAGUUCUUGCGAGACUAUUGUCAAGUGAGUGAACCAACAUUGCAAUGUGAAGAUGUGAGAUGUGAGCUUCUGUCUGAUCACAUUAGUCCUUCAUUCGUGAUAAGUAGCUCAUGUACGAAGAAACGUCUGGAACUGAUCUGGAACAUCGCAUUCUUCAAACCAACUUGGAUAUCCGAGAACUGUUGGGGGAAAAUGGUAUGUUGCUUUGCUCUUGGGUAUCCCAGUCCGUAUGAAGAGGAAUGUUCGAGCGACUGUCUUUCUCUUACCUGCUUGGACGUAUUCGAGAAGACAUUGUCCAAUCGUUUCUUCUCCAUGCCUACGAAUCCCAGUGCCUUUGGCUAUUUCCACAUCUUAUUUGUCCGAGAUUCUUGGGAAAAUUCCUCCAUUUCAGGAAGACUCUCGGAAUACAUCUGUGUUCCCAAACAAUCGUGCAAUUCAUCACUGACUCCGAAAUAUCUCUCGCCAUUUGGAAAGGCCAGAUGUUAUGAUAAGUACACAUUGAACUCCAAGGAUAAAGAGAUCUAUUCCGAACCAACAUAUAAUAGACUAGCGUCUUUGUUUUAUGCACAUUCCAAAUGUCACAUCGUUGUCGAUCGAGCUUCUGACCUUUGUGAGAAAUGGAAGAUGUACAAAUGCCGGAACUCCUCCCGAUGUAUUUCCCGAUAUCGUCUGAAAGAUGGCGUCUUCGAUUGCUAUCUACAGGACGAUGAGUCAAUCGACAAAGGUGUUCCUGCGGUCAACUGUUCUUCUCAGACGUCCGAGAAACUUUUUCUGUGUCGUCGCACUAACACUUGUAUUCCAUACUCUUUUUUUCAAAAUGGUCGUUGUAAUUGUCCCGAUUAUGUAUACUUAACUUCAUGUGAAGAUGAAUAUUUCAGCGCUCAGCUCCCCAGUGAACAUAUCUCCUUUCCGACCAUCUGUGAUGGAUUUGUUGAACUAGAUCUGAUCAACAUCGAUGGAGACUUUCACACUGAUGAAACCGUAUGUGAACAUUGGCCGUGUAACAACGCUUACACACGAUGUGAUGGUUAUUGGAAUUGUCCCAAUGGAGCUGACGAAAUUCACUGUGAUCCAUCACCACUAAUCCCUUGUCCCAUUGAUCAUCAUAUCUGUCUCUCAAGUGAAACAGAUCAAUUGGUGUGUUUGCCAAUUGACAGAGCCAAUGAUGGACAUAUGGAUUGUCUCGGUGGGACUGAUGAACCCUUUUUUUGUCGAUCAGCUGAUAGCCAUUUCUCACACACUCAUUCUUUUCUCUGUAUUUACAAGAUGUGUGCUUAUUGUCUACCGCUUUCGUCAGCCUGUGCGUUUGACGCGUUUUGUUGCCCAAGCGAAGGAAAAUACCAAGAUCUGAAGCCAUGGUGCGGAGUUUGGGGAACUAUUUGUCCUGCUGAAAGCCAAAGAUUGUCGAACAGUUCAAUAAAAGAAUUUGUUUGUCAACAUUCAACUGUCAAAUCCAAAUUAAAGAUUAUUUAUUUCUCACUGGAGAAAGUAUCACAUUCAUUGGAGUAUCUUCCAACACUCCAUUCGACGAACGUUUUCACCCUGCCUCCAUCGACGAGAUAUCCCUUCGAUCAAUCGUGUCACCGUGGCUUUCCUCUUCGUUUGUGGCUCAACUCAACAGAGAAUCGCUCAACAAUUCAAUGCCUUUGUCCACCUAGUUUCUAUGGUCCUUCGUGCGAAUAUCAAAAUCAACGCAUCUCGCUUUCUCUGCAGUUUCAAUCGCUUUCUGAUUCUUGGCAAACAGUAUUUACAGUGAUUGCCACACUCAUUGAUCAGAGCGAUGAACGUCCUGUUCAUUCUUUUCAACAGUUUUCUUAUCUUCCUGUUCGAGAUUGUCACAAGAAGUUUCACUUUUAUCUUUUCUAUUCCACUCGGCCAAAAAAUGGUUCCAAAACCUAUUCGAUUCACAUCGAUAUUUUUGAGAAAAGAACACGAAACUAUCGAGGCAGCUGGUUUUUAUCGAUUCCUUUUCCAUUUCUACCCGUCCAACGGAUGGCUGCUCAUCUGAUUAUUCCACGAAGUAUUGGAGGAUACAUCACUUGUUCUGAUCGACAAUGCCAUUAUGGUCAAUGUAUCGAGUAUGUCAAUACACUGCAGAGGACAACCUUUUGUCGAUGUGAACAAGGCUGGUCAGGUGCUCAUUGUACCAUUCAACACAACUGUACCUGUUCUAAAGAUGCCCUCUGUCUCGGCCUGUCUGUCAAUGAUCAACCAAUUUGUCUAUGUCCUCUCGGUCGAUUCGGUCGUCGAUGUCUUCUCACCACUUCGGUGUGUCAAGCACAGAAAAUGAAUCUCUGUGAGAAUAAUGGGCAAUGUAUUCCUGAUGAUCAACACGAUCAUUCAGAAAAGAGAUACACUUGCAUUUGUCCCAAAGGUUCCUCAGGAGAUAGAUGUGCAAUAUCUGACACGAAUAUCACCAUCUCCUUUCAUCCUGAUAUUUCUCCUUCUCAAGCAAUGCUCAUUCAUUUCAUUCGAGUGAUGAACGAAGCUCCGCCAGUCCGAACAACAACAUUGAAAACAAUUUCCAUCAACAAAGAGUCAGUGACGAUCUACUGGUCUCACCCAUUUCACUUGAUUUUUAUUGAAUUUCCGAAACACGAUUAUUACUUGACAGCUGUUCAGCUGAAUAAUGAACGAUCAGCACAACUGAAGCAUCAGAUUCAUCCAUCAGAUCGAUGUCCACAUGUCAGUAAACUGUUCAACAGAACCAUCGCUGAACAUCAGCUAAUUCGUCGAAUUAAAUACUACCAUGUUCCUUGUCAACAGUUAUCACGAAAUCUUUCCUGUUUCUAUGACGAAUUUCAUCUGUGUCUAUGUCAAUCUUUCGGUCAUCAACGUGUAGCAAACUGCUUUGAAUUCGAUCAUCAGUUGAAGAUGGAUUGUGCAGGUCAGAAUGGCUGUGAAAAUGGUGCAGAUUGUUUUCAAGAUGCUCCGAAGUGUGCUCAAACAUCGAUUUGUGAUUGUAAGAAAUGUUUCUAUGGGAGAUUGUGUCAGUUCAGAACCGAUGCUUUCAGUCUGACGCUGGAUGCCAUUCUCGGUUACCACAUUCUCCCGGGCAUCAGUCUCACUGAUCAGCCCAUGGCGGUGAAAAUCGGAUUGGCUUUGACGAUAAUCAUGACUGUCGCAGGUGUGGUCAAUGGUAUUCUUUGCUUGAUCACAUUUCAGAGCAAGAAGUUAAGAGAAGUGGGAUGCGGAAUUUACCUGCUCGUUUCUUCAGUCACCACUCUUUUGACAGUAACAGCGUUCGCUUUAAAAUUCGGGAUACUAGUUAGUGCACAAACGGGCACCAUCCAAAAUCAGUCGUUUCUGAGAGUACAAUGUUCUUUGAUGGAGUUUCUUGUUCGAUUGUCACUUUACAUGGAACAAUGGUUGAAUGCCUGUGUAGCCAGCGAACGAGCGAUGACGACCAUUUCUGGAACGGGUUUUAACAAGAAGAAGAGCACGAAAAUUGCUAAACGAAUGAUCAUCAUUCUGCUGCUGUUUACUGUUGUUAGUGACAUUCAUGAUCCUUUCCAUCGAUUCUUAUUGAUAGACAAUGACAGUGACAAUGGUGGAGACGAGAGAGGGAGAAUCUGGUGUAUCACUCGAUAUCCACCAUUCCUGCAGACCUUCGAUCGAGUGAUCCAAGCUUUUCACACCUUGACACCAUUCUUUAUCAGCUUCAUUUCUGUUCUGAUUAUCAUCGUCGCCACCACUCGACAACGCGGUAUGGCACAAAAUCAGCAACCUUAUCACGUUCAUCUCCGUUAUCAACUGCGCAACCAUCGACACGUACUUGUCGCUCCAGUGGUGUUGAUCAUUCUGACUGUUCCUCGUUUGAUCAUCGCUCUGGUCUCUGGUUGUCUGAGAUCAGCUCAGUUGUCAUGGCUGUUCUUUGCUGGAUAUUUCCUUGCCUUCAGUCCACCGAUGGUCACCUUUCUGGUCUUUGUGAUGCCAUCCAAAUUGUACAUGCAAGAGUUCAAGGACACCAUUAGGAAAUAUCGUCUGAGGUGGAAAAUAUGUCUCAGUCGUCAGUUUUGA